CCCAACGUAGAAGAAGAAACAAAACUGACGAAGCGUUGCAGUGUGAGCUGAUGUCCGCUUACAACGUGUGAGCACCCUCGCUGCUGUCUCCAUUUAAGGUUAUCUGUUAAAAGCAACCAUGGUCAAGGAAACAGGCUUCUAUGAUGCACUGGGUGUGAAACCUAAUGCCACUCCCGAUGAGCUAAAAAAAGCCUAUCGCAAACUAGCCUUGAAAUAUCACCCUGACAAAAAUCCCACAGAAGGAGAGAAGUUCAAAGAGAUCUCACAGGCAUAUGAGGUGUUGUCAGAUCCCAAGAAAAGAGAGGUGUAUGAUCGUGGAGGUGAAAAGGCUAUAAAGGAAGGAGGAACUGGCGGUGGUUGUGGUGGUGGGGGAUUUGCAUCGCCCAUGGACAUCUUUGACUUGUUUUUUGGUGGAGGAAGUCGAAUGCACAGAGAGCGAAAAGGGAAGAACACUGUUCAUCAGAUUACAGUGACACUGGAAGAUCUUUAUAAUGGAGCGACAAGAAAAGUAAAUGUCCAGAAGAAUGCUAUCUGUGAAAGAUGCGAAGGCAGAGGGAGUCGAAAAGGUGCUGCUCAGAUGUGCAUGUCUUGUCAUGGCUCAGGCGUGCAGGUCCGUGUGCACCAGCUUCUACCAGGUAUGGUCCAACAAGUGUCCACAAUGUGUCCCAGCUGUCAGGGCCAAGGACACAGAGUAAGCCACAAGGAUCGCUGCAAAGCAUGUGGAGGCCGGAAGAUCCUGCGACAGAAAAAGGUCUUGGAAGUCCAUAUUGACAAAGGAAUGAGAGAUGGUCAGAAGAUUGUUUUUCAUGGAGAGGGUGACCAGGAGCCAGGAAUUGAGUCUGGUGAUAUCAUCAUUGUCCUAGACCAACGAGAACAUCCACUUUUCACCAGGAAAGGAGAGGACCUGAUCAUGUCCAUCCAGUUACAGCUGGUAGAAGCUUUGUGUGGUUUCAAGAAACCAGUUCAGACACUGGACAACAGAACUCUUCUCAUCACCUCACAUUCAGGAGAAUUGAUAAAGCCUGGAGACACAAAAUGCGUCUUGAAUGAAGGGAUGCCCCUGCACCGCAGACCUUUUGAGAAAGGACGCCUCAUUAUUAACUUCUCUGUCGUGUUCCCUCAAGCCAACUUCCUCCCCGAACACAAGCUGAAGCAGCUAGAGAACUACUUUCCAGAGAAAAUGGACGCGGAGCAGCUGGACCGCAUGGAUGAUGACCUCUACAUCUAUGCUGACCUGGAGGACUGUGAUUUUGAGAACAGAAAAAGACACCACCAUCAGUACGUCUACAUGGAUGAAGACGACUAUGCCAGCACAGGAGGCGUUCAGUGCCAGACAUCUUAAAAAAGAAGCAACUGCCUUGUUACUCAUUCCUGAAGCCCGAAUUCUCAUCUCAAAGGCAAAGCACCUUUUUUGAAACGUGCACUUUUGAUUUUAUUACAUUUUUAAAAACCACAACUGACAUUUUCUUUUAAGCUGAAUAUUAAUAAUAAUGAAUCUGAUAAUUAUCACUCUCCUGAUACAUUUUACUACUUUGAGUGAUUGGAGUAUCUUAAAAUUCCAAGAUACAUCUUGGAUCCAGGUGAGUGGGAUUCCUCCUCAUCUCUGGGACCUUGUUUUUAAUUAUUAUCUUUUCCAAUCACACUGUGAAAAAGGAGGGCUGGUAUUUCAGAGGCUUGAGAAGAGAUGGGGACUGCCUGAUUUUUAUGCUGUUAACUCUAAAGCUUGUGGCCAAUAUUAACCUGAUAACCUUUUUGUAGUGUUACUAAAUUGUUGUAAACUAUUGAUGACUCAAUUAUUUGUGUGUGAAGACGCAAUCGUCAGCGUUGAAGAGGGAUGCACAAUGAUACUUGUCAAAGGACUAUUUGCUUAACUUUAUUAACAAUGUGAUAGGAUGAGGGCAAUGAUUCAGGAAGGAACAUAUAAAGGCACAAGCCACUAAAUAGUAGAUUAUUCAAGUGAAUAUUUAAUUACAGUUUAAUAUUUUUUCUGUUGUGAUGCCACAUUUAGGUUUUGUCUUGGGGACUUUGUGAAAAGAGGAAGUAAGUUAUCUUAAAACUUUUUUUUUUUUUUUUUAAGUUAUCCAGAUAAAUUUGUUAAUUUUCUGCCUUGAUGGUAAAUGUUUUCCGGUAUUUUUUAAGUUCUGUGAAGUUGCACAAAAGUUAAAAAAUAAAAAUAAAUAAAAAGUAAUUAGCAUAGUUACUUCACUGAUCUUGUCUUAAAACUGAGAUCUGGAAAUUUGGGGUCUUUUUUUCAGUGUGACUUGAUCCAUAACUCUACAAUUCUAGCCAUGUUGGACUUAAAGUCAAUCAGCACACCUGAUUACUUAUUUAAGUGACUGCCUAUUUCAAAGCCUUGGAGCUUGGUAAUAAUGCAAUUUGAUUUAAAAAAAAAAAAAAAAUUGGUUUUGAUAUUGUGAAACAACAGUGACUGAAGUCUCUUAAUAUUGUUCGAUGCAAGCUGUCGGGGGCUUUCAAUCCACAACUGUUGUCGAAGUCUUAAUUUGACCGUUUGCAUGUUAGGACCAAUGAUCCACUCGUUUGUGAUCAUGUUUUUCUAAUUAAAUGCAGUUUGGUGUUCUUUCAUAA